AUGCACACCGACCACCGACCCUUGACGGCACUUUUCAAACGCAGUAAUGUGCCAGCCAGAGUACCCAGAUGGGCCCUUAAGGUACAGAAGUAUAACCUGGAAAUCAUCUACUUGAAAGGAGCUGCAAAUCGCGUAGAGGAUGUCUUAAGUCGUGCAGUUAUUCCUUCAGACGAGCAGGAGAAGUUGGGGUAUACCUCCAUUGAACUCAUCGUAGCUGCGGCUCUGGAGGAGCUGGAGUGGACGACGGAACUUCGACACGACCCUAUUUAUGCUGAGAUUAUAGCGAGCUUGGAUAGUAGAAAUCUGGACAGGGAUAUCGCAAUGCCUAAACGCAAUCCUGAAACUCAUCCAAAAGCCCAAAGUGGGAGACUUUGUCAUGGAUCGAGGCUAUUUUGCGUCACUAGACAGCUAUUCUGUGCGAAGGGUGGUUCCAGCCUCUAA